UGUUCCAGUGACACCUGCAUUAUAUGCAUCAGCCCAAUUGACCAAUACAGUCAUCUGAAGUUACAUAUUUACCUUACAAUCUCACACACUAAAGUAAUUUGAAAUAGAAAUCAUCAGCUUCUCUAUACAUCAGCAUCUGAAUUAUAUAUCAAUCUAUGGUAAACAACAGAGCUUCAAGCAAACCAGAAGAAAACACGUAAUAGAGAUUUAGCCGUUUACCAAAGACGUCGGUGAAAGUAGGAAAGCAGGUAACCCACUACUCCCUGUGCAUUUCUUUACUAAAAAAUCCUCUUUUAUAAACCACAUCCUUCUCUACCCCUGCAAACCAGAAAAGAGAUAAUCUUCAGAAAGUAAAUCACUUACAGAUCACAAGACUUCGGCUGGUGCGUCUAAAAACCUCCAAUGGCAACCAGAAAGAUGGAGCUGGUAUUGACCCUGGUUCUCUUUUCAGUUUUUUGGACAGGAGCCAUGGCUCAGUCAAGUUGCACCAGCGUCCUCAUUAGCUUAUCUCCAUGCCUUGAUUUCAUACAAGGAAACACAUCCACUCCAUCACCUGCAUGCUGCUCACAACUCACCACCGUUGUUGGGUCCCAGCCGGAGUGCCUCUGUGAGGUCAUUAAUAAUAGCUCUUCGCUUGGGAUUAACAUAAAUCACACUCAGGCUUUGGCACUCCCCAAUGCAUGCAAUGUCCAGACUCCCCCAAUUAGCCGCUGUAAUGCAGCUACUUUCCCUCCAGCAUCACCGACUGCUGCACCAGGUUCCCCUUCAGGAAGUGGAUCUAAGACUGCACCAUCAACGGGGGGAAACACUUCAGAUGGAAACACUACCAAGUUGCCAUUUUAUCUGCUGUUCUUCCUCAUCUCUGUCACAUCAUAUGCUUGGAAUUCCAAAACUAUCUAAAUCAACUUACUCUGUGCCUAUUGACCCUUCCUUCUCGAUAUGCCUAUCUUACAUACUCUAUAAUUAUUGUUAAUCUUUACUCAUCACACACGUGAAGAUGAGGCAUAUAUGUACCAGUGCAUGUUGAGAUACUUUCUCGGGGAAAACUAGGUGCCCUUUUCACUAUCAUUAUAAAGAUAUUUCCUUGCUUA